UGGUCAGGACGUGACAGUUUAAAUGUAUUUGGCUAAGGUGUAUGUAAAAUUCUGACUUCAACUGUAUAUUUUUGACAACUUUUACUUCGCUACAUUCCUAAAGAAAAUAAUGUGCUCUUUACUCCAUACAUUUUCCCUAACACCCAAAAGUACUCGUUACAUUUUGAAUGCUUAGCAGGACAGGAAAAUUGUCUAGUUUACACACUUAUCAAGGGAACAUGCCUGGUCAUCCCUAAUGCUUCUGAUCUGAUGGACUUAUUAAACACAUGCUUCGUUUGUAAAUGAUGUCUGAGUGUUGGAGAGUGCGCCUUGCUAUCUGUAAAUUGGUGCCGUCUGAUUUGCUUACUAUAAGGAAUUUGAAACGAUUUGUACUUUUACUUUUGAUACUUAAGUAUAUUUUAGCAAUUACAUUUACUUUUGAUACUAAAGUAUAUUUAAAACCAAAUACUUUUAGACUUUUACUCAAGUAGUAUGUGACUUGACUUGCCUCUUUCCAGCUCCAAUCUUUCUCCAUUGUUUGAUGAUAUGACUGCUUGGCAGAAAAAAAGUCAAGCUGCACCUGCCUCUGAGGGCUGGACUAAAAAGUGAUAGGCCUAUACUAAACUGGAAGGCUUCAGGUGGUGCCCUCAGAGAAUAGGUAUGAAGCAUGAAGGCAUUAAGAACUGAGUUGGUAACCCAGACAGUGGUGGUGGAUCCAGCCAGAUGGAUAUAAAACAAGAGGGGGGAAGAUCUCAUUUAAAAUCUCACAUAACCAAAUACCACUACCAAACAAAUUCCUGAAUUUACCAAAAUAACACUUUGAAGAUAUGUUUGGAAUUGGUAAAUGAAUAUGUUAUUGUGCAACAAGGGGGGUUAGUGUUAUACAAUAAAUAGCUUUAACCAACCUCUUAAAAGAGCAUGAUCACCAAUAGGCCAUAGGCCAGAGAUGGAAAAAGAACCAAACCUCAGGCACCAGAGGUGGCAGGGCCUCUGAUCCCGAAUUCCACCCUGUACCAAAUGGAAAGAGGAUGGAAUUUCCAAGUGAAAAUGUAACCAAUAGUACUGCUCCGUGUGUGGGGAAUAUGACGCGCAACAACUGUGACCCAAGUAGAAACAAUGUCGCACCGCAUCUCGUAUGGUUAUUUUCUGCCGUUCUGCGUCCGACUUACUUAGUGCCUGGUGAAACUGUUUAAAAGCGCUUUGCAUCGCUCAGUAGGCUACAUCGCUGGUGUAGGAUCAACAGUUUCCCCUUCCCCAAUCCUAACAUUAACCAUUAGUAGGGGAAAUGCGAAUCUGGCCCAAGAUCAACGUCUAGGGGCAACUUUACCCGGCCUAAGCUGUUUGUUUCGAUAGGACAUCAUGGACUGUUGACAAAAACAAGUCCGUCAUAAAUAACAGUCCGAGAUUAAACGAGAGAGGGGAACAAUCGUGAAUACCCUUCCUAGUUCCCGUUUGCUUCUAUUUCUUUUCAAUUCAAUUAGAUCAACGUCUCGAGACUCAGAGCUCUCUCUGACAUGUAACAGUGUUACAGUAUCCCAAUAACUGGGUAAACGCAUGAAACUACACCCAUCAUAUCCUGUAUGUUUUACAGUUCAUUGUAGUGAUGUCAACGGAAUCAUUUCAAGGAUAGGCCUAGCUGAUGCAGUCCACUUGCUUUAUCUAAAUCGUGUUGCUGAUAACUUAUUUUGCUUCUCUCUCUCUCUCUGACAAGUAAUAUAGACAUUUGGAGCUAUAGAAAUGCUGUGUUAAUUGAGCCGCCUAUUCAAGAAUUCCAGGUGUUUGUACACAUUUCAGAUGAGUCUCAUGGUUUUGGUGUGUUAGAUCUAUACUGGUAUGCAUAUUGGUCAAAACGCUAAAUGAAGUACAAAAUGUUGCCGUGUACCUACCCUAACUGAUAUUUUCUUUAGGCUAUUAGUACAAAAAAAAAAUGUAGGUAUAGGCAAAGUUUUAUAAAUUAUGCAAAUAUAGAGAAGUGACUAUAAAAUGAGAAAUAUUGAAUGUGGAUCCUGUAAAUUCCUGUAUACUAAGAAAAUAUUUCUGAAGAAUGGUUAAGUUCUUCUUUAUCCUCCUAAACACUCUAUUCUGGGUAAGUCAUACAUUCACCUCUUACAUGCACAAUGUCCUCAAAUAUACACCAUUACCUGUCCUGAUCACUCCAGGGGCACUUUCAUAGAACACAUAUGUGUCUGACUGACUCCAAUUGCUCUAGAGUGAACCAUUAAAAAGGUCUAAAAGGUUAUAUUGAGAAAACUACAGUUGUUUGACUAACCUGUGAUUUGUAUGGCAUGUGUUAAUGUUCUACCAGGUGUCUGGCUUGGCCCUGGUCCUGGUCGGGGCUAUGUCUCGGCCCACCUACACAGAAAUAGAGUCUUUCACCCACACAUCCCAGGGCAUGUCUCACACCUCCAUCCUCCUCAUAGUGGUGGGCAUCAUCGUCUCCCUGCUGGCCUUCCUGGGUAGCAUUGGGGCGUGGUCCGACAGCCAUCUGCUCCUUGGAUUGGUGGGUAGUACAGCACAGUGUGAGAUAUGGUAACUUGGCGCUUUAUGUUUUGGAGAACAGUUAAUAUGCCGUGUUCCAUCUUCACAUACUGAAUCAUAACCUGUCCGAGCUCUGCCACACUUGCAUUUCGCUUUUGGAGAGUAACAUCUAAGUUCUUUGUACUCUGUAGUUCACACACUUCCUAAUGCUGAUCCUCAGUCUGCAGAUAGUGUCUGGUAGUGUCUUCAGAAACAAGGUAAACGUGACUCUGCUCGGCUGUCUCAACCUACUGCAGUCUUGGAUGAUCACUGUGUGUUUUCCAGGGAAUUCAACUAGUAUUGCUUGAUUGACAAGGGUGAAAAUGCUUUGUGUGUCCUCUGCACCCUCUGCAGGUGGAGAGAAGGAUCACACUGAAAGUCAACGAGGUGACCGUGCAGCACAGCCCCAGGGAUAAGGUUGCCAUCGUUGACCUACAGCAUGCAGUAAGUAGCAUGCUAUUCACUCCUUACCAGGGGAAUGGUCUCUGUGAGAUAAACAAACUUUGAUAGUGUAUGUGCGUUUCAGUUCCGUUGUUGUGGUGCAGAGAACUACACUGACUGGCUCCUGCAGAGCUCUCAUGGGAAUAUUAGUUUUGUGCCACACUCCUGUUGCCAUGUGGAUUCUGUGGCCUGUGUGAAAGUCGUCACCACAGACAUCUACCAGAGGGUCAAUGUUAACCAGCACAGGGAAGGGCGAGAGGGUUACAAAGGCCUUAGAUGAGGUUAGGAAAAAGGUGAUCAUGAUUCCCUACAUGGGAAUUGCUGUGACAAUGAUGAGAGGUUUUAAGGGCCCUAAAGAGUAAUGAGGCUUUAUCUAAAAUGCCCUGAGUCUUUUCACUAAAACCUAUAAUAACAAGCUUUUAGUCAUGCUUAGCUCAGAUCCUGGUCGGUCUGCAGUUCAGCAAGUAAGACAAGCAGGGACUUGAGAGGAUAAAGUUAAACACGGUCAAUAUAUAUCAGCUGGUUCUCUGAGUGACUGACUGCAGACACUGUGGCCCCUGGAGGCCAGACAGUUCAUUAACAGCUCAUUUAGUCACAGGAAGAGAGGAUUCACAACACUCUGUGCUAGUGUGUGGGUGUGUGUGUGUGUGUGUGUGUCGUCCCUCCAGGGCUUUGUGCAGGUGAUGAAAGAGUCCCUGAAUAGGAACCUGGUGUGGCUGGGUGCCGCCUGCAUCGUUCUGGGUCUCAUAGAGGUAAACAACAUAUCAGGUGUCCUACUUAGGUCACAUGUUGCAUCGGUGUACUUACUGUGUUAUUAUCAUUUUAUCAGUUAGUGGGAUGCAUCAUGGGAAUUGAGCUCUUUCGAGAUGUCAAGAAGAGAGAGGUGUAUGAGAAUUUGGGUUAAGGAGGGAGGGAACGGCUUCGGUCAAGACAAUGCCCACGCCAUUCUAUCGUAAAUUGGGGGAGAAUGCUGUGACUCUCAUCAUAAUGCAGUUUAGAUCCUGUGCAGCCUAUUGUCUUUCCCAAUAUUAAAUUGUUAUCAGUGAUUGGUUGUUUUGUUGUUGUUUUUUUUCUGGAAUGUUCAGCAUUUUUAUGGUGGUGGAGGCAAGGGUGUAGGAAUAACACUGCAGCUUGAAUUCACGCAUUGUUGAGUUGAUCUGUUUUUGUUGUGGUUUUGAAUGUCUGCAUUCUGUGUCUGCCAUGUUUCACCAGGCCAUUUGGUCCAGGAGGUGAGGCGGUCACCUGUCACACACAGUCAUUGUCCCAUGUUAUUUAGGCUGUUGUUCCUGGGUGGUUCACUAGGAACAUUUGCUCCCGUCACCUCCAAGCGAUAAGGGUAUGGUGGUGCUAAUUAGAGUUUAUUCAGACAGCUGGGAUCAGCUAAGGCUACAGCUCCACCACCUCCAUUGCUCUCCAUCCAAGCACAUUCCCUCCCAUCUGAACAGCAAGCCUUAUUGAUAAACUCACAUUUUAUGCCCAGUGUUUUACGAGCCCUCUUACUGCACCCCACCCGGCCUGUUAGUGGAUCCAAGUGUAUCUGAGGUGCCGGGAAAAAUGGAACACGUCAGCCGGACGCUGGACCCAUGGCGGCGGGCUGGGCUGAAGGCUGGUCUCCCUGGCCUACAGUGAAACAGGCUCACUGGGCCUCUGGCUGGCUUCGAUGGAGACAGGAGACUGCUGCCUGUCUGCUGUGGGGCCUGCCUGCUCCUAUACCUGGCCCGGCCCCGGCCCCUGUAAUGUCAGUAACUAGGUCAGUAGUAGUACUCAACAUCCCCAGGAAAUUAGAUGGGCUCCCAGCAAGUCUUCUGUUAUUGAGGAUUGUGUUGUCAAUCCCUAAUUCAGCCAACAUCCAGGUCAGCAACCCCAAUUUGUAGGAUUUCAGGACCCGUAUUAGUUAUUAGACAUAUUGUCCCAGUAGAAGAAAAUAAAUAUUUAGCACGAGCAGACAUUUGUAACUGUGCUAAAACCAUGACAGAGUGGCUGCCCUGUGUCACCCAGGAUAGCAGGACAUGUAGAAGUGAGCUAACCCAGUGUGAGUGACUGGGGAUGGAAGAGCAGCAGAGGAUGUUGAUCACUAGAGAUAGAACUCUUAUGUAAAGUCAUGCACCUCCUCUCCUCUUCUUCUCAGAAUGUUUAAUACUGUAAUGUGUGCCAAGGGGGCAUGGUGUAAUUUAGGAUACUUUUUCUGGUGAUACAGAGGAAAUGUUCAAACCAGCAGCACUGGCAGGCAGCAGACACCACUAAAUCUAAGCCUUUGGGGCCUCUAUUCACUGUCUGUCUGUGGCCUGCAGUCGCUUCAGGAAUUUUUUCUCUCUCUCUCUCUCUCUGAUAAGAUCACACGGCAUCUCUCCUUUCACCUUUUAUUUUUCUCUUUUUACUUUCAUCUUCUCAUUCAGCCUCUGGUCUGAAGGAUGGUAAAGGACGACAUAGAACUGAUAAGACCUCAUUCGGCAUUAGGAUUGGCCUACUUUAGUUGCCCCUGUGGUCAGCGGUUCAGCGGAGAUCUAGCUGAGCGGUCCGCUUGGCAGAGGGUUUGCUGUGCAGAAGGGCCUGUUUUUUUUAUUUGAUUAUUAUUAGCUACGCUGCACGUUGACCAUGAACGUCUGGUCUGGAGAGCCUGUCUGUCUCUCCCCAAGGCCUUCCAACAUACAGCUCAACAUGUGCAGCAGGACAGAUGGAACCACCCCCAACAAAAAGAGGAAGAAAAAACCUCAGGAUUGAAGGAAGGAAAUUAGAAAAUGCGGUCUUAUGCCCUUACCAUAACCACACAAUGCUAAGAGUUGCUCAAUCAAUUUCUAUUGAUAGUGUGGGCUAAAGUUUUCAAUGAGAUGAAAUGUUUUUUUCUUUUUCUGAUAUGACUGGUUUAGAGGGCUAGAGGUAGCAAAUGUAAUAAUGUCCCAGAAGGAUUUGAUGAGUGGUGCGAGACUGGACAUGACUGUUAGGGUGUUCUUGCUUGUCUGAAAGCUUUGUCGAAUAUGACUGUUCUACUGUUAGUAUGUUUUUGGAAUGAGAAUAUGUAGACUGGAUGUGUAUAUUAGUGGGUGUUGUGUGUCUGCUAGAAUAUGGGUUAUUUAUGAGUGUGUGCAUAUGAUAUGGGUGUGUGUGUUUAACUCUCACCUCCUUGACGAGGCCCCUCCACCAUUUCUCUCUCUCUCUCUCUCUCUCUCUCUCUCUUUGGGCAGGGCUCAGAUGGAAGUGAUUACGCUGCACAGGGAGAGAGAAAUUACAGAGAAAACCUACAGAGCUCCAGCCCUUCUCCUUUAUCCACUCACUCACUCAUUCACUCACUUACACAUACAUGCACGCAAUCACAUGCACAGGAACACAUGCCCUGCCGCCAGUCCCACCACCUUGCUUCUGGUGGUACAUUUCCACUCCUGGCUGUGUCAGGACAAUGCGCCAGUGUGCUCCCCUCCCUCCCCUCUCGUGGGCCGAGUGAGUGCGCGAGCGGUGAGGGCCAGGGUUGUAAAUUCCUCUGAAAGAGCAGUUAAGAAGGCUCCCAUUAAAACGGGGAUUGACGCUCGCCAGAAAGGAGCCGAAGAAAUGAGUCAUCACCCGGAGCCUGAAGAGUUCCAGAACCUGCAGAACCACAGAGGAGAAGAACUGUAGAAAUAGAACGGAUAGAACAUACUGUAUCUUUCAUUUCAGAUGUAUACAACUUAGGUCAACUAAGUUGAGAUGCCAAGGAAGCAAUGUGAUUAGAUGACAUGAGCGUUAUAAUUGUGAUAUUUAACUACCAUGUCAAAUUUCUAUGUUUUCUCAUUUAAUUAUUUGGAUAUAUUCAAUAACAAAAAAUAUAUCUUCUCUUUGCUCCAUUUCAUAUGUUUUGGAACCCUAAGGCUAGUGCUGCUAGUUUCCUAUGUUGUAGAGUGUAGGUUUAGGCUUAGGGUUCUAACUAACCACUAAAUCUUAACAUCAGUCGUGGAGGUCUAUUCUAGCCCGUGAACCCUGCCCUCUCUCAGUUUCAGGUCUGCAGGUCAGCUGAGUUGCCAUAGGAGCUCUCUGUGCUGUACCACACAGCUACUAUACAGACCGGGGCUGAUUCAGAAGGCCAGGCAGCGAGCUCUAACCAGUGAACACAGCUACGUCAGACAGGGGGCUCCCUGUGCACUGAGGUGGGACAACCUGUGGAACUGCGGACAAUGAAAGACUCUUGCAGCCAUACAUCCCCUUACACGAAUUAUCAUUGCCAGAAGAACCUCCCAUGUCCUACACACCCUGGUCUGCACAGGAUGAUCCAUACCAACUCAUUAAUUGCACCCAGAACAAUGUUAAAAGCAGGAAUCUCCCAGAUCUAAAUGACUGUGGAAGUGAAGCUGAUCUCUAUGGGCUGGUGUCAAAUAUCUUGGAGGAGGCUGAUCAAAUGGAGAGUUACUAUACUGAAGAGACAUUAUCCCAACUGAAAUCUGUCUGGUCUCCCAAGUCAAUGAGCGACGAUUGCCAGCAGUACUUCCAAUCAGAGUCCAAAGUGCAGUCCAACUUUCUGCCGAACCAUGUUUACCCUGAGUCUUUCAGUAAAGCACAAGGGUGGCCAAUGAACAGAGGUUCCGAAGAGUUCUACCAGCGUUUCAAUGGCUUUGAUACCAGUGAUCAGCAGUGGCUCCUCUCUUCCUGCAAUGGAGACAUGGACACUAGAUACUCUCUACAGACCCAAGAGCUGCCGAAGCCGCCGGGGCUACCACUGCCCAAUGAGGGGAACGCCUAUCGUUCAAACACGAGGACAAGUAUACACGAGUACAACACAGCUGAGAAGGUUGGAGGGUUCUGUGGGUCUGGGAACACUCUUUCUGACCACAUGGAUGCUUUUGCACCAUCCUUCUGCCCCCAGAGCAAGAUUAACAGCCAGUGCUUUGACCACUACUAUGAAGAGUUCCCAGGCCAGAUCAGCGCCAAGCCCAGACGGACCAAGCAGUACACCAUGCAAGAGGUCAACAAGCUGGCCAGCAACAUCCAGACUCUGAUGGUUGGUGAGCAGGACAACACAUGUGGUAGGGAGCCCCAGAACCGGCAGAGUGUGCAGAUGCAGUAUGACGACAUCAUGGCCGAACAGAGGAACUUCUCCAACACCAGGAUGCCUGGGCAAAGCACUCAAGCCAUGCAGUUUAAGAAGGAACUAGGAGGGGAGUAUGGAGCCAUGCAGAGGGAGACUGAUGGAGGAAUGAAGAGCGAAGAGCUGCUACAGAGUGACUUUGAUUCCAAAGACUUAUCUGGAUUUGGUCCACAACACGUUGAGUAUUUCCAAAAAACAAAAUCACUCUCAGCGUCUUUCAAUCCUACAAUUUCUCACCAAAACAAGAUGGCUGUCCAGAAAGGAAGCAUACCCCUCUCUAUGGGCCUGAGUCUGAACCAGUACCAUUAUAGCCAGCAGAACCAGUUGCAGAACAAACUCAAGCAGCAGCAUCAGCAGCCAAUGGGAAACUGUUUAUCCUCUAGGCCGUCCAAUAUGCUGUCCCAUUCUGUGUCUGAGUUUGUACCUCAGCACUCCCACCAGAUGCAGAGAGGACCACCACCGUGCAUCCAGGACUACAGUCAGGGGGACGGGCCCAGCCUCCACAGCAGCAGGGCAGGACAGAACCAGGUCAGGAUGGGCAUGGGUGGGCUGAGGAGGGGAGCCAGCGACAGUGACUUUGAGAUGCAGCUGGACAAGAGCAGGAUGCACAUGGCUGGGCUGGUAGCUGAUGGCUGCUCCUCCACUCAGCGCUUGGAUGGGAAGACAAGGCCCCAGACCAGCACUCACAUGACAGGAGACGGGGACAAGAAGCAGGGGCUCCUGCAGAACCCUUACCUCGACCUACUCGGCAGCAUGUAUGGCUCUCAGAGAUUCGGCGGAGGAAAUGGCACGGUCAACACAGGGAAGAACCCAGCCUUUCUGCCUUGCAUGUAUCAGGCUGUGAAUGACCCCAGACAGAACUCCUGCCACAUGUCUCUGAACUCUGCCAGAUUCAACUCCAGAUCCUCCUUCCCCUACGGCGGUUCCAUCCCCCCCAUGGACCUAUGUGACCUGCUGCCAGAUGGGGAGUUUGCAGCUUUCAACCCUUACCUCAAUGACAUUAUGGGCUCCAGUGGAGAGAACCCCUACCCAGGGAUGAUGGGAGGCCUCCGCUCCCCGAUGAUAGUGAGGAACCGGGGAGGACCCAUGAGCCAGCUCCACUUCCACCUGGAGGAGUGCUAUGAGCAGUGGAGAGUCCUGGAGAAGGAGAGGAAGAAGACAGAGGACGUCCUUACCAUGAGUUAUCCUGGAAAGCGGAUUUCUGUGGUGACCAGCAGUGCCCUCCCCAAAAUCCCACCUAACCCUUCCAGAGUGGACCGUCUCAUUGUGGACCAGAUCCGAGAACAAGCCAAGGUGGUGAGCCUUCUGGGUAAAAUGGAGUGUCUGCGUAGCUUCCCCCUCCAUGCCAAUAUUUGUUCAGCGCUGGACAGACACCUCGAGGCUAUUUACAUUACCCAGGCCAGACGCAAGGAGGAAUUUGUCAACACUUCAAACCGUCAGAGACAGGCCAGUGCACAUUUCAGAGAGGACAGAGAUAUCCUGCUGCUUGCUACAGCACUGAGGGAUCUGUCUUUGACCACAAGGAAGUCCCGCACUGCCCUGUGGUGUGCCCUACAGAUGACCCUACCCAAGUCCAACACGGACAAGCUGGAUGAGCAGAGCACCUCUGAGGAGACCAGCCCAGGGAGAACACUUAUCCAGUUCUGAUGCCACUGAGCCACCCUAUGGUUCACAUGUGACACUCACUCACGUUUAUGCUAUAGAUGUUGCUGAGAGCAAGACCAGUGAGGAGCAUUAGGCCAGAUUACAUUUUGAUCACAUUAUUAGACAGAACAGAAGGAAUUCUUGUAUGUAGGCUCAGUUUGAGCAAAUAGAGGACAUUUAUUAUUUUUGGAGAUUAUCAGUCUUAUUGAAAAUGUAUCCUAAAGCAGGUGGUUCAGAACAAUGUAAUGGGAUAACCAAGGGUGCAUUUAUUUUAAAUGGCAGUACAAUUCUAUUAUGCUGUUGAAUUGAGAAUCCCCAUAAUCCCUUCAGCCCCAGUAAUUCCGUUAACGAGCUUCUAUUAGGAACAUGAGAGAGCAGAGCCUGAUCAGAUAUGGUGGUGGUGAUAACUGUAGGAGAAUAUACAGUAUUACAUUCAUCAGUAUUGUCAACUCCCUUAGAGCUAGGUUCCUUGUAAUCAUUGCAAGGAAAAUGAGUUUAAUUUACCUUAGUGGCCACAAAUGUUAAUACAAUUUGAUUGAUAGUUGCUCUUGGGCUAGGGGAAUUCAUAA